CAACGUUGUUGUCUCUUUCUUUUCUCUCUCUCACCAUCUCUGAAAAUUGUUUUUUCUUAUCCCUAUAUAAACCAAACACCCUCAAACGCAAUCUACAUCGAAUCUAAUCUGCAUCUAUAUUCUAAUUUGACUUUUAUCUCUUCGUUUCGUGUCUCAAUUAAGUCAUAACCAUGUCUCAGACUGUUGUUCUCAAAGUUGGUAUGUCAUGUGAAGGAUGUGUUGGAGCAGUGAAGAGAGUUCUGGGAAAAUUGGAUGGUGUGGAAUCAUAUGACAUUGAUUUGAAGGAACAGAAAGUGGUAGUGAAAGGAAAUGUUGAACCAGAUACAGUUCUGAAGACAGUUUCCAAAACUGGGAAGCCAACUGCUUUUUGGGAAGGCGAAGCAUCAUCUGAGACUAAGUAAACCUGUUACUAAAAUAUUUGGCUCAAUUUCUAUGUGAGAUAAGUAGUUCUGUAAAUCAAAUACUAUUUGAUGGGUUUGAAUAGAUAGAAUAUGUCCUUUGAUGUAUUCUUGGUGUGCUACAAUAAGGCCCUAGAAUGUUGGUUCUUUUCGAAGCUAUGUACUGUAUUGAUGUGCUUUUAUUGAAAAUUUGACUUCCUUUGUUCA